UUUUUUGUGGCCGCAGAACCUUGAGAGCGAUGCGGGUCAGGUGACUUGACUGCUUAUGUCAUUGACCGCUUAUCGGCCAUUCCGCCGCCUGCACCAAGACAAUUCGCGACAAACCAACCGAAACCAACCCCCAGCAGCGACGAUGACGCUGAGGGAUUGGAGCAACCCAUAGCUAACUACUGGCUACUUCGGCCCGUGAAAGUGAAGCGUGAAGCCCAAUUCAUGCUCCCCACGCACCACGUCCCCGCUCACUAGCUGAGCCGUAGGACACCUGCUAGAAAAGUACUAUAUCACUAUAAAUCGACCUACAGAGCCAUCCGAAAUCCCCAGCUUCUUCCUACAGUUCUCCAGGUGCACAAAUCCGGGAAUAGGCAGUUGACUCGGUUCCAUCCCACCAGGGGAUUGCCCAUCCAAAUACUAGGAAUACGAUGUCUGAGUCCGACUCUACCAGAGCCCAACAGGCCUCGUCACUUCGUGACCGUGUGGCGAGUGUCUUUCGGGCGUCACCCGCCCAACGCAGUUCGCCGUCCCCUCCACCCAUUGGCGUCAGCCGGCAGGGACAGGGACUGGAUGCAGGCUCUCCGUCUCGGGGUGAGAUAACUCCCAGAACAAGACUUCUGGAAUCGUAUGAAACGUGUGAGCCAGUAUGCGGUUCCCGCCCUUGCAAUCAUGGGACUUUUUCCCCUCGUCCCGGUUCCGCUAGUCAAGAAACGAGCAACAGUCUCGUCCAAAAGAAUGGCACUCGUGCAUUUCCAGAUAGUCCGCGUGGGGGAUCUAGUAUUCAUACCAGCGACAGGGAUGAUGCUGUACCCUCUCCUCUAGGACUGCCUCCUGGAGCUACGACAAAGCAAUUGGCCAAGAGGCAUGGCGUGAACCGCCGUAACAUGUAUAUUUCUUACUAUGUUCCUUUCUUCAAUUGGAUAACGCAAUACCGCUGGUCCUUCCUCCAAGGCGAUUUAAUAUCAGCAAUUACCGUAGCCUCGAUAUAUAUCCCAAUGUCUCUUUCACUCGCAUCAAACGUUGCCCAUUCACCCCCUAUGAAUGGUUUAUACUCAUUCGUUUUCAAUCCCCUCGUCUAUGCGGUUCUGGGGAGCAGCCCGCUCAUGGUGGUGGGUCCGGAAGCCGCGGGAUCCCUUCUCGUAGGGACUGUGAUCCGGGGUGCCAUUAAGUCCGGCGAGGCUAUGGAGGACGAUCCUGUCAUGAUCUCCCAAAUAGUUGGUGUCGUCACAGGGCUCUCGGGGGCGAUGAUAUUGAUAGGCGGGAUCACUCGCCUGGGCUUCCUUGACAAUAUUCUUAGUCGACCUUUCCUAAGAGGCUUCAUUAGCGCCAUUGGCUUCAUGAUAUUCGUCGAUCAGUUGAUCCCGCAACUAGGUCUUACAUCACUGGCGAAGCAGAGUGGGUCAGCGAAUGGCAGCAGUGUUGAAAAAUUAGGAUUUCUAUUACGAAAUAUAACUUCUGCCCAUAGCCUGACAAGCGCUGUUGCAUUUGGUAGCUUCGCAGCCAUCAUGAUUUUCAGGAUUCUAAAAAGGCGUCUAGAACCACGUUUCCCUUCUGUUGUCUUCUUCCCUGAUCGGUUUCUGGUGGUCUUCCUCUCCGCCGUGCUCGCAUGGAAACUGCAAUGGAAUAAAAGAGGGUUGGAUGUCCUUGGUUCCCUGAAAGAGGAAGGAAAUCCAAGUUUUGCGUUUCAAUGGCCAUUUAAGAUGUCACACUUGCGGCAUCUUCCAAGCGCAAUGAGCACGUCUUUCAUCGUCGCGUUGCUCGGGUUCUUCGAGUCGUCUAUUGCCGCGAAGGGUCUUGGUGACGCAAACAAUGACGGGAUAAAGGGCAUCUCGCUUAGCGCCAAUCGCGAGCUAAUCGCUCUGGGUGCAUCCAAUGUAAUUGGUGGAUGCUUCAUGGCACUCCCUGCAUUCGGGGGAUACGGACGAAGCAAGCUCAAUGCUGCCACCGGUGCGAAGUCCCCUAUGAGCGGCGUGUUUCUCGGUCUAAUAACUCUGGUUUGCAUACUCUAUCUGCUGCCUUAUUUCUAUUAUUUGCCAAUGGCUGUCCUCUCCUCCAUGAUUUCUGUGGUCGCUAUAUCUCUUAUCGAAGAAGCUCCAGACGACCUGCGCUUCUUCUUCCGUCUCCGUGGUUGGUCCGAGCUAAGCUUAAUUUUCAUAAUCUUCUUCUCAACAAUCUUCUACUCGCUCUAUCUCGGGAUCGCACUAGGCAUGGGCCUUUCCAUUCUACAAAUAAUCAGGCACGCAACCAAACCCCGCAUCCAAAUCCUCGGGAAAAUACCCGGCACCCAUGACCGCUUCGAGAACGCAGAAAAUGUGCAGCCCGAGAAAGUUGAAUUCAUCGACGGCUGUCUGAUCGUCAAGAUCCCCGAGCCCCUAACGUUCGCCAACACGGGCGAUUUGAAAAAUAGACUCCGCCGCCUAGAAUUCUACGGCACGACCGCGGCACAUCCGGCUCUACCGCGCGUGCGCGCGCCUGAGCAUAACAGAAACAUGAUCUUCGAUAUACAUGGUGUCACGAGCAUUGAUGGCUCAGGGAUCCAGGUGCUUAGUGAAAUUGUCCAGGGGUAUGUUGAUCAGGGGGUACGGGUGUUUUUCUGCAGGUACCCACAGCCCGGGACGGAGAUAUACCGGAUGAUGGAGAAGAGUGGAAUUGUCGAUGCUGUUGGGGGCGUGACACAUUUUGUUCGUAGUGUUGACGAGGCCCUACGGUUGACGGAGAUGGCGGAGCUGGGUCAUCCGUGAUGCCACGUUUUCAUAUAGGGGCGGCAUAGCGGAGUGUCUUUGGGGGGAUAUGAACGAGAAAGACGUAGAAAGGUAAAACAAAGAAGCUAUGCAUAUAAAACGACGUGAUGAUUUGGGAUUUUUAGUUUUUCAAGAACUUUUUGUUUUCAUUUUGUUUCAUUUUUUGAAUGCACGGGCUAGCGUUUAUUUUCCUAACAUUGGAUUUUGUUUUCACUGGUGUUUUCCUUUUUAUUUUCCUUCCCCAAACUUUUCUUUAUGUAACCAGAAAGACACAUGGGCAUCUAUAAAUGUUUUAAAAUAAUUUAAUGAAAUUAGUGCUGUAGAAAAUAUUGAGCUUUAUUCUUCCAUUUUCAUA